AUGCCACCUGCUUUUUGUUAUGUAAAUCCAAAAUACUGUGUGUUACUCAGCACUUCGCAGCUCUCAGAUCAAAAAGCAGUGCACUGUGUGCCGUAUACCUGUGGUGUAUUUGAUGGUACAACUUUGAUCAAUUGUUUCGAAAAGCAGUUGGAACAGGAAGAGGCUUCAUCAGAAAAUAAAGCAGCCAUAGAAGCAGCAGAGACGAAUUUUAACUUCCCUGAGGAUGUCCUCUUUGGCUUGGAGGAAGAGGAUGCUAAGAGCAUCAGAAACACCCACAAGCAAACUGGCUGGGCAGCUAACCUAUUGAAACAAUGGCUGACCAAAAAUGGCAAGGAUCCUAGCUUUGAAUUGGUGCCAGUAACCGAACUCAAUGAGAUCUUAAAAGAGUUUUAUUACACGAUCAGGAAUCACAAUGGCAAUACCUACAGCGUGGCGAGCUACAAGUCAAUGCGUGCUGGCUUAAACCGCCACCUCAAACUGCCACCUUAUAACCGUCAGCUCUGCUUAAUGAAGGACAAGGAGUUUGCUAGUGCAAACGCGGUGUUUGUGAGCGUGCUGAAGAUGCUGCGCAUGCAGGGAAAGGAUGAGACUCACCACCACCCUCCUGUAGCUGCCGAGGACUUGCGUAAGAUUAAGCAAUCUGGUGUGCUGGGAACGCACAGUCCGCUGGCGCUCGUCAACAAGGUGUGGUUUGAUUUGCAGUUGCAUUUUGCCAAACGAGGGAGGGAAAUUUUAAGAGAUCUGGCUCCAGAUGCUCUUGUUGUUGAGAAGGACAAGAAUGGGCGUCGAUAUGCUACAUUUAAGUAUUGGGGCAAAGGAAAAAAUGGAGAAGAUCCUCAUAAAAUGGGUAAAAUGUAUGACGUGCCAGGGGACCCAAACUGUCCUGUUUUUUCUUUGGAGCUUUAUUUAUCUAAGUUGCCUCCAGAGCCCCCUGCCUUCUACCUGCAUCCUUUAAAGCUAACAUCAGAGCAAAUGCAAGAGCAACCUGUCUGGUACAAAAGAGAACCCAUGGGUGUCAACUACUUAGGUACUAUGAUGCCCAGGAUAAGUGCAGCAGCCAGGCUCUCUCAACGCUACACCAAUCAUUCUCUCCGAACUACCACCAUCCAGCUACUGUGUGAAGCUGAACUGGGGCCUAGAGAAGUAAUGGCAGUGACAGGACAUCGCUCUGAGUCUGCUGUUAAACACUACUGGGGAGCUGCAGAAGUUCGCUGCAGGGCUUGGUCAGAUAGAAUGGAGAAUAAGGCCUCCAGUUACCUAUGUAGCAAGAUGCCAGAGGAAGCGAUCAAAGAAUCAUUGCCUGGUGCCUCAUCCUCAUCUAUAAGCCAUGUUGUUCUACAACAAAGCAAAAUUUUAUUCCCUAAGAGAUCUGUGGUGCCACCUGGCACUAAUUCUGUGACUUUAGUUCCUGGGGGACACUCAACUCCAAAUUCCAAAAGCCCUGUCCUGUUUAACUGUAGUUCUUCCAAGGUGUUUCUUUCCAGGAACGUGGCCAGUGGGAGUCUAACUGCUGGUUCCCUUCAAGGCUAUUGUAAUGAACCCGUCUUUAUACAGCAUGUGAUAAAACAAGAACCAAUGACUUGA